AUGACCACCAACGCCUUUCACGAAGCGACUUCAGCUAGGUGUAGCAGCAGUUCCAAUCCCACUCCCAAACUCAAACGGCGCAAGUCUCUCACGCAAUCAAUACGAGCCCGACUCUCACCUACAGACUUUCGAGAUAGUGCAGAGCCUCCUGUGCCGAGUGUUGCUGCUUCUUACUGCACCCUCGACCGCCCGCUUCCAAUUUCCCAUCCGGCGGCUAAGGAUGCGAUAUCGGCAGAAGACCUCAACGCAGCAUGGUCGACCAUCACUCCGCCGCCCUUUCCCGACCCCCUCCAAUACGCAUCUUGCUACUGCGAGGAGAAUAUCUAUCUCCUCGUCCAGCAACUUGGCGCUCAAUUUGCCAAAGUUAAUCGUGCAGCGGUCAAUAUCGCCCUCACACAGUCUAAGCGCGAUCGCAAGAGUCGAGGUCCAAGCCCAACGCCAACGCUAUUCGUUCCAGUAUGGGACCUCGAACCGACCUUCAUCAGCAACUCUAACAAAAGCGUGCUACUGUAUCAACAAAAGGCGUCUAAACUACCAAACGCAGGCUGGCCUGUGAUUUGGGAUUACCACGUCGUUGCGCUUGCAACCUGUCAUCUUAUUCCCAUCACCCACCUCUGCCUCGACUCUUCUGGCCAGCUCUCAACACCCGCUUGCUUCAAGAUGUCGCGCUUGGAGUGGGGGAGGAGCUGGGUAUACGAUCCCGACUCGCGCCUUUCCCAACCCACCCGAACGCAGCAGUUGACGGUGGUUCCGUGGGAAAUGUACAAAGAGCAAACUUUCCGACCAGAUGCAAUACAGAUGCGUCGCAUUCCAGAGCACUUCCAACCCAUGUUCAGAACGGUCGCCGCAAGCGAGUAUUCGAGUUGCUUUGCCAGUGAUAGGAGCCAUAUGCGCAACAACGACGGUGGGUGGAAUGCAACUCCGCCGCCGUGGGCAUGUAUCGUGGGGGAGCGAGCGAGGAAAGAAGGGAUAAAGAAUAACUUGAUGCAAAGAUGGGUGGAGAUGGAGAUGGCUGUAGGGGAUGCCGACCGGUUUGGCAGAGUUUGGGAAGCGGCAAACUUGUUGAGCUUAGUCGCCGUGCCGGUGGCAGAGGGGGGGCUGGGAGGAACGAUUACUGGUGGAGGGGAGAAGAAGGUGGGUCUGGUUGUACCCCAAGCGAAGCCCUCAACAGUGAACACAGUACGCAGUGGAGAAGGAGAGAAUGGUAAGGUGGAGCGAGAAGAGCCAAAGGGAGAGAGUCAGAGGGGAGGAAGGAUAGCAUCCCCCCUGUUCCCAGCUUAUCUUCACGCUUCACAAUCGCAUCGUUCCCAACCUCCCCCUCCCCCUGCUUCCCCUUCUCACAGAUCAUAA